GCGAAGAAGUUGCAGAUGAGAUGAUGGAGGCCAUGGCUAUUUGGCAGUUGAUCUGCUCACCUAAAUCCCUUAAAUGUUCGUCUGCUUCUUAGCUGUCAGCUGUCGUCUUUACAUCUUUGGUUUCUUCGCCACCCCUUUUCUUCUUCGUCUUCAAAUCUCCAACUCUUCCCUCAGUUCCUCGCGAUACCUUCCAAUUCUUCAACCCAUCGCUCUCUCCGUCCCUUUCAAUGGCGGGAUUCCUCUCACUCGUGAGGCGGGUUUAUCUGAGUCUCUACAAUUGGGCAGUCCUUGUCGGCUGGGCUCAGGUGUUUUAUCUGGCCGUGAGGACUCUCAGAGAAUCGAGCCAUGAACACGUCUACAGUGCAGUCGAGAAGCCACUGCAGCUUGCUCAAACCGCUGCUGUUUUGGAGAUUCUUCAUGGUCUAGUAGGUUUGGUGAGAUCUCCAAUAACAGCGACACUGCCACAAAUAAGUUCUAGGCUGUUUGUAACAUGGGGCAUCUUGUGGAGUUUCCCUGAGACUCAGAAUCAUAUACUCGUCAGCUCGUUGAUCAUUAGCUGGUCUAUCACUGAGAUUAUUCGGUAUUCUUUCUUUGGCAUGAAAGAGGCAUUUGGUUCUGCUCCCUUUUGGCUCUUGUGGCUCAGGUAUAGCACCUUUUUGUUAUUGUAUCCAACUGGCAUUACCAGUGAAGUUGGCCUAAUAUACAUUGCUCUGCCAUAUAUUAAGGAUUCCGAAAAAUAUUGCAUUAGGAUGCCCAACAAGUGGAACUUCUCUUUUGAUUACUUAUACGCUGCUAUUCUCACCCUUGGAAUCUAUGUCCCAGGAAGUCCUCACAUGUAUGGGUAUAUGCUUGGCCAGAGAAAGAAAGCCCUCUCCAAAUCAAAAAGGGAGUAGAAUGGCACACAAAUUUCCAAUUUUAAUUUAUUGGUUUAUCAAAGCUUUCUUGUAGCGGUUGUAACAUGUCAAACUAUUGGUCUAUCAAAACUUUGUAUGUGUUGCAGUACGACAUCUUUGAUGCUAUUUUUGACUACAAUAAUUGGUUUUAGGCGAGGAAUGUAUGCGGUCUGCCUAAACUGCCUUUCGGAAUUCGAUGAAAUUUUUCAUUA